AUGAGGAAAGUGCCUGACCUCUCCUCCCAAACAACUUUUUCUAAGAGCAGCGGAGGCUAUCCUGCAACCUCAAAGCACAAGACACUGCCUCUUUCUAGGUGUGUGGAGUGGUGCCUUCCAGGCUACAGCAAAAAUAUUAAAGAAGGGAAGCCAGGUUGCUGCUAUGACUGUAUUCGCUGUCCGGAGGGGACCAUCUCUAACCAAACAGAUGCCGUUUCCUGCGUCCAGUGCCCAGAAGAUCAAUACCCGAACAAGAAUCAAAACCUGUGCAUCGCCAAGAAGAUACACUUCCUUUCCUAUCAAGACAGUCCGGGUGUCGUUUUAGCUUCCCUUUCUCUUCUCCUUUCUCUGAUCACCACUCUAGUGCUGGCAGUUUUCAUUCACCACCACCACACGCCCAUCGUCAAAGCCAACAACCAAGAUCUCACCUACGUCCUCCUCGUCUCCCUCCAGCUCUCCUUCCUCUGCUCCCUGUUCUUUAUUGGCCGACCCAGGAAGGUCACUUGUCUUCUCCGACAAACGGCAUUUGGUGUCAUCUUCUCUGUUAGCCUUUCUUCUGUCCUGGCAAAAACGUCCACGGUGGUUCUGGCCUUUAUGGCUACCAAGCCAGGAAACAUGGCAAGAAAAUUGUUGGAGCGACAACUGACAAAUUCUAUUGUCCUGGUCUGUCCCCUUAUCCAAGUCUUUAUCUGUGCUGUCUGGCUGAUAACAUCUCCCCCGUCCCCAAAUUUCAACUUCCAUUCUGUGAUUGGAGAGAUCUUAGUGGAAUGCAAUGAAGGUUCGGUCGCUAUGUUUUACGUUGUCCUGGGCUACAUGGGUUUCCUGGCCCUGGUCAGCUUCACGGUGGCUUUCCUAGCUAGGAAAUUGCCUGACAGCUUUAACGAAUCCAAGUUUAUCACCUUCAGCAUGCUGGUGUUCUGUAGUGUUUGGGUCUCCUUUGUGCCAACCUACCUGAGCACUAAGGGAAAGUCCAUGGUGGCCGUGGAGGUCUUCUCCAUCUUGGCCUCUGGUGCUGGUCUGUUGGGUUGCAUCUUUCUCCCCAAAUGCUACAUUAUUGUCCUGCGGCCUGAUCUCAACAACAAAGGUCAUCUAAUGAAGAACAAGAAUGAGAGAAUCUAA